AUGCCCACUCAUGGUGUGCCACGGUAUAAACCUGUGGAGAAGUCCGCCGAGGCACGACAGCAAGAGCAACAGAAGAUAGACACAUACAGAGAUCUUGAACGCUCAGUCUCUCAAAAGGUAGCCGAACAUGAGUAUACCAUUGAGACUCUGAAGAAGAUCUCAGAAUUGUUGUCUAAAAAUCCUGAGUACUACACAGCCUGGAACUAUCGUCGACAGGUGCUGCGGUACCAAUUUUCCCAAAAGGGAGAUACAGAUGAGGCUGUUCAGCUGAUCGCGGAGUUGAUCUCGAAUGAUUUACAGUUCCUAAUCCCUCUGCUGAGGGGCUUCCCCAAAUGUUAUUGGAUCUGGAACUAUCGAUUGUGGUUGCUGGGUGAAGCUCGCCGCCUGCUACCCCUCUCCGAGACUCGGCAAAUGUGGCAGCAAGAACUCGCCCUUGUGGGUAAGAUGUUGACCCUUGAUAGCCGAAACUUCCACGGGUGGGGUUACCGGCGCUUCGUGGUUGAGACCUUGAAAGAGCUUGGCACGGCAGAUGAAGCAAAGAACAUGACUCAGAAAGAGUUCGAGUAUGCAAAGAAGAUGAUCGGCGCGAAUCUUUCGAAUUUCUCCGCAUGGCAUUACCGAACGAAGCUGAUCCAAUCGCUUCUGGAUGAGCAAUGUGCUAGUGAUGACGAUCGGAAGAACAUGCUGGACGAUGAGUUAUCACUCAUUCAUCAGGCCUUUAUCGAUCCUUAUGACCAGUCACUUUGGUUCUACCAUCAAAAUUUGAUGAGUGUGUUUGACCCGACAAUGGCCGAGCGUACUAUGACUCCUAAUUUGAGCUCAUCUGAACGGUUGGAGUAUAUUCGAAGCGAGAUUCAAGAGAUUCAAGAGAUGCUCGAUGGGGCCGAAGACUGCAAAUAUAUCUACCAGGCAUUGAUUGAGUACACCAUGCUGGCAUCCAAGGUGGAAGGAGACAGCUUGUCUUCUGAUGACCGGGAGCAGAUUCUGAGCUGGCUCUCGGAAUUGAAGAAACUAGAUCCAUUGCGACGAGAAAGAUGGCUUGAUUUUGAAAAAACUUUAUGA